GCGCCCGCCGCCACUCCCGGGCCGCUGCCCAGACUCGACUUCCCCCACGCCCCCUGGGGGCUGGCCCGGGCCGAGAGGCUGCGCGGGGGUUCGGGGCGCUCAGCCCCGCACUUUGGCGCAGCAGCCCGCGGUGGCGACGGAGACGCGCAGCAGCGGCGCGCAGCGGGCGCCUUGGAGGCCCAUGGCUAGCCGCUUGGGGGCGGCGGCUCGUGGCAGCGGCUCAGCUCGGGGUCCCGGGGUCCCCGGAGAAGGCAGAGGAGACCCAGCCUCCUCCUGGAAGCCCGAGGAGCCGCUGUCCGCUGCUGAAGCUGCCGCGCUGCCCGCCUGGAUGCGCCUCUACUUCUACGGCAUGCACGGCAUCACCCUGGACGUCUUGGUGUCGUCGCUGCGACGCUUUGCUCGCAGCCCCGACCUGCGGAUGCUGGGCUUCUCGUCGCCCUACCGCUGCCUCCUGCACUCGCUCACCCACUUCGCCCUGGAGAAAGUCUACCUGCAGCGGCGCCUCUGCCCCAGCGCCUUUCUCUUCAAUUUCCUCCUGUAUCCCUCAGCCCACGUGGGGCUGCAGACCCUGGCGAGUCAGGCGCUGCUGCUGUUGAGCUUGGGGGGCCGGCCGGGGGGCGCGGGGGCCCUGGACCUGGCGGUGCAGUAUGUGCUGGCGCUAUACCACGGCCAAGUGUUCCUUAAGCGCUUCCUGUGCUUGCAGUACCAGGGGCGGCGGCGGCAGCAGCAGCAAGAACAGCAGCAACAGUUUCAGCAGCAGCAACAAUUUCAGCAGCAGCAGCAGCAGCAGCUGCAGCAGCCUAGGAAGCGGGGAGGCAGCGUCUCGGCCUCUGUAGUGGCCCGUGGCCCCCCGCAGUCAGAACCCCGACCCCUCGGGCACCGAGAAGGGAUGGGAGCCCCCAGCCAGGGGUUGCCAGAUGUGCUGCGAUUUCUUUUCUUCGGCAUGCACGGUUUUCUGGAUGAGAUCUUCUUCACUUUCUUCUUUAACGUGCUGGGGCAGGGCGACGGGUCAUCCAGUGGCCACACUUCACUCUGGUCCUUCUUAAUGUACGGGAGCUGCAGUUUCGUGGUGGAAAAACUGUACUUCCACCUCCACUACAGUUCGAGGCUGGGGACCUGGAAGCGAUUGCCCAUCUAUGUGAUCUUCAUCUACACGUGGGAGUUUUCCUGGGGUCUGGGCUUCCGAACUUGCGGUGCUUGUUCCUGGGAUUAUUCUCACUACCCGCUCAAUUUCAUGGGCCUCAUCACCCUGAUGUAUCUACCAGGCUGGAUAUUUCUGAGUGUCUACCAGGACCUGCUUUCCAACGUGCUGUGGAGUGUACAGUACGUGCCAUCCAACUAACUAAUCACAACCAACACAAGUCCUGGAAUCUCACGAAUGCCUAAGAGUUAUUUUUUACACCUUUUAAGCGUAGUGGGGUUUUUUUUUAAUCUUUUAAUUUUAAUACGUUUUACUAAGCUCUUUCAACUUUAGUCAACAUUUUAGUUUUCUGACUUUUUUUUCUUUUUCUAUUUGGAACCUAUACAUAAUACAAUACUUAGAAAACAUUACUUGGAAUAUAACUCCAAGUACUUGAUUUGUAAAAACAUCCCACCCAAACAGCAAAACCAUUGUACCUUAAUAUAAGAACGCUGUUAUAUUCGUUUAUUUGGGGGGAA